AUGUCUUUAAUUGUACAAUUUGUAGAUAAUUCGUCAAACUUACUUACAGUUCAAGAACAUUGGCUAGAAUUUUUGAAGGUAGAUGACACAACAGGACUUGGACUUGCAACCGAGCUUCAAAAGGCUUUGAUAAAAAUUGAUCUCGAUAUUGAUGACAUUAGAGGGCAAGGGUACGACAAUGGAUCUAACAUGAGCGGGAAGUACAAAGGUGUGCAAAGAAGAGUCCAUGAAAUGAAUCCUCGAGCUUUCUAUACUCCAUGUGGCGCUCAUAGUCUAAAUCUAGCAUUAUGUGAUAUGGUGAACUGUUGUUCCAAAGCUGUAUCCUUCUUCGGAGUGAUACAACGCAUCUAUACAUUGUUUUCCUCUUCUACUAAGCGAUGGAAAAUUUUCAAAGAUAAUGUUCAAGGAUUGAUAGUGAAGCCAUUGUCACAAACACGUUGGGAAAGUCAUGUUGAAAGUGUGAAGCGUAUAAUGGAGCAAACUGCACAGAUAAGAGAUGCAUUACUUGAUUUAGCAGAAAUUAAUGAAGAUCCUAAAGUGAAGAGUGAAGCCGAGUCAUUAGCAACACAUAAACUUCAAAAUUUUGAGUUUUUGUUUGGCAUGAUAAUCUGUUUGAAGAGGUUAAGAGGUGCAACUUUUUCAAGUUUAUUGAACUCUUGCUUGAAUCUUGAGAAAUAUCUUCAACAUAAUGGGCGUUCGGAUAUCAGUGGGGAUGAUUUAUGUUCGGAGUUACAAGUGUUGAGGUGUUACAUACCAAUUGCAUCUGCAGAAAGAAGUUUCUCGAAAUUAAAGUUGAUGAAAACCUAUCUCCGAUCAACUAUGUCGCAAGAAAGAUUAAAUGGGUUGGCUAUGCUAUCAAUAGAAAAAGAAAUGGUUAAGCAGCUAUAUUAUUCAGAUUUGAUUGAUGUUUUUGCCUCUAAAACAAGCUGCGUUAUAAUGGCUACUAACAGAGAACGUAUUGAAGCAUUCAAGACAGGGCUCGAUGGGGUUCAAGAGGGAAUGCAUCGGAUGAACUUGGGCAUGACGGACAAGCUGAACCAUCCAAAAGCUCUCAGAUGCUCUCCUUUCAAGCAAUGCCUCAUCCAAUCACAACAACCGUGA